AUGUCGAGUGCCGAUUCAGCUCAAAAGCCAUUGCUAUCCAGAGAGCAAUUAGACACCAUGUCUCGAGACUUCAACCAAAACACAAGAACCACUUCAAGAAAACGAAAAUUCCGUCGCUCUCGAAGCGCUCCUCGCGGUGAGUAUAUGCUCAACGACGACGAUCUCAAAACCGACGACGUUCCACCUCCUAAUCCAAGCACAAUCCCAAUGUUCAGGGACCUAAACCCACACCUCAGGCGAGUGAUCAUGUUCUUGGUCUUAUAUCUCGCCAUCGGAACCUUCUGCUUCUACCAAGUGAGAGACCAGAUCUCCGGCCACAAGACCAACGGCGUGUUAGACUCCAUCUAUUUCUGUGUUGUAACGAUGACAACCGUUGGAUACGGCGACCUUGUCCCUAACAGCUCUGCCUCGAGGCUACUCGCCUGCGCGUUCGUCUUCUCCGGGAUGGUCCUCGUCGGUCACCUGUUGAGCCGAGCGGCGGAUUAUCUAGUGGAGAAGCAAGAGUCUUUGCUCGUGAGGGCUUUCCAUUUGCGUCGGAGCUUUGGUCCGACAGAUGUUCUAAAGGAGUUGCAUACCAACAAGCUGAGGUACAAAUGCUACGUGGCGUUUCUUGUCCUCGUGGUGCUCUUCCUCGUGGGUAUAGUUUUCCUUGUGGUGUACGAGAAAAUGCCGGUGGUCGAUGCGUUCUACUGCGUCUGCUCCACGGUGACGACGUUGGGGUAUGGAGAUAAGAGCUUCAGCUCGAAAACGGGACGGCUUUUCGCUGUGUUUUGGAUCUUGACGAGUACUAUAUGUUUGGCUCAGUUUUUCCUCUAUGUAGCUGAGUUAAACGCAGAGAGCAAACAGAGGGAGUUGGUGAAAUGGGUUUUGACACGGAGGAUUACUAACAAUGAUCUUGAAGCAGCUGAUCUUGAUGAAGAUGGAGUUGUUGGAGCUGCGGAGUUUAUAUUGUAUAAACUGAAAGAGAUGGGGAAGAUUGAUGAGAAAGAUAUCUCUGGAAUAAUGGACGAGUUUGAGCAGCUUGACUACGAUGAAUCCGGAACUCUGACGAACUCUGACAUCGUUCUAGCUCAGACGGCGUCACAGGGUCAGAGGUAA